AUGGCGACGUACUCGAACGCACCUUGUGUAGCUGAUCCAGGUAGUACCAGGGAGGAAGAGAUGGGAUGUAGCUCGAGCGAGGAUGAUAGUGCGAGUAGCGUGCGCGCGAGCAAGCCGGGUGGAUCGACGACGCACAAGAAGGUGUCGUGCCAACCAUGUAGACAGGCAAAGGUGAAAUGCAUCGUCUCGUCUGAUUCAACGUCCAACGCAUGCAGUCGAUGCACCAAGCUGAAGCGAGACUGCUUCUAUCGCACGCACAAGCGUGGUCGCAAACCAGGCAAAAUCAAACUCCAGCAGAUCCUCCGUCGCGUCCAGCUCCUCGAUCGCACGCUCACCGAGAUCAAGCUUCUCAACAACCACGUAAACGACGCAGAUGCAGAAUCGCUCGUCAACACCCUACAGUGGCAGCUGAGCAGAAGCAAGUUCUUCCAGCGUGCAGCCGUGGCACAUGCAGAUCCAGUCGAGCACAACCAUCUCAUCCACCAACCCGAAAUCAGUGCUCCCCAAACAACCGUGCACGAGCAUCGAGAUCAACCGCACCCCGGCUUCGCUCAGAACGCAAAUGCGAAUGCAAAUGCAAAUGCAAAUGCAAAUGCAAAUGCGCAGCUACCUUUACCGCUCGAAAAUGUACAACGACCUCGGUCGGAUUUCAACAUGCUGGUCGAUAUGGAAGAUCACGCUUCAGUCGCUCGGGUCCGCGACGAAUUUCCGACGCUCAGCAACCCACUCAAGUUGCUGGCGCAGGCGAGUAGCGAGGAGAGCGAGAGACGCAGGAUGCGUGUAUCGUCGGGUUCAGAUGCAGGCCUAGGGCGGACGACGAGUGUUGAUCUCGAUCAACCGCAAUGCGCCAACGAGCGCGAGCAACAACGAGCAGCACGUGCUGGUUCAUCAUCAAAACAUGAUGCCCAACCACCAAGGAAAAGGGCCAGGUCUCAUUCGGCCUCUCCACACACGGCUUGUCACAUGCAGUCUGCAACCGAUCAAACAUGUCAAGUCUGCGCCACAACACAUGCAACUAGUACGGCCACGAUGGCAUCAUCGAAUGCCGACUGCACAGCCAAGGUCGAGGUCGAGCUCGAGCUCGAGGUCGAAACAGUGGCAAGCUCGUCGAACAAGUCGUGGGCGUCGACGUACUUCUCGCGUGGCGCGUUCCACCCGGUGUACGACAAUCGACCGGAAUUCGAUCCGAUCGAUCAGCAUCUGCUGACCGCCUCGCAAGCGACACGAUUGAUCUCGAGCUUCUAUGCGAGUUUCGGCACUUUUAUGCACAUCUUUGAUCCGCAUCUUUCGACGUUUGGCUAUAUCCGCAAGCACUCUGCGUUUCUGCUGACGGUGAUCUGCGCGAUUUCGGCUGAGUUCGAAGCAUCGACUGAUGUCGAGAUUCAACAAGAAUCCGCCGUGCUCGCACCGCGCCUGCGCAGGCACUACGAAGCUAUGAUCGCGUGGAUCACGAGUGGAGACUAUAAAAACGUCGAGAUGGCACAGGCAUUUUUCUUGCUGGCGAGCUAUCGACCAAUGGCGGACAGCGCAACGUCGGACCAGACAUGGUUAUUCUUGGGUACCGCGAUCCGCAUCGCCACAGAGCUCGGCUGCAAUCUGGUGUGCUACUCGUACACCAACACGCCGCGCGUCGCCGACGGCAACCAGAACGAUCACUAUACACGACAGUUGCGUAACACCGAGCGUCUGUGGAUCAAUCUCUGGAACCUCGAAAAGACGCUCGCGAGCCAGACCGGUCAGAGAAUGCACCUAGCCGAUGAAGGCGUUGUGGCCACGUGCAGUAGGUGGCAUCGGAUGCCGUGCAGUUUGAGGCAGGACGACGUGUUAGUGGCACAGGUCGAGUUGAGAAGGCUCAUGAUCGAGAAGGUGGAUGUAUUUCAUACGCAUGUUACGCGAACUUUGGGGUCUCGAAGACGAGUCACCACCGCCGAAGCACCUCGGACCAGCUCUGAUGACGACACCAACGACACCAACGAUCCACUGAGCUCCGCGGAGCGCGAUCAACUCUCGUUGCAGCUGAGUUAUUUUCGACACUCGGUUGACAUGGACCUGAAACGGUGGCAAGAACGAUGGCUCUCGUCAUCUUGCACGUUGUCUAGCGCGCCAACACCGUUGCAGAUCACAGGUCCACUCUCGCUCGACUACGCAGCACUGGUCACAUAUGCGCUGCCGCUGCCCAUCUCGUACACGGUAGAUGUGACAAGUGAACUGACACAGCUGUACCGCCACUGCUACCUCAGUUGCACCAACUACAUGGCCACAUUUGUCGAUCGAUGUCAACGCGCCAUGAUGGACCACAUUACCAACAGCACCGUGAUCUCGACCGUAUACGCCGUCGUAUUUGCGCUCGAUCUGGCAAGGAAGGCGUACAAUCAAACACGUACACCAUGCCAUGCUGGCCAGCACGCCAGUGCGCAUGCGAGCAACACGAGCAACACGAGCAACACGAGCAACGCGAGAGGCGUCGAUUUCGGCUUCGUCUCGACUAAGCGUGUCGUGAAUCUGGCCAAGCUGACAGCGGCGCAGCUGGACAAGAUCGGCAAAGCGAAGCAGGGGAGGCUCGGAAGAAGCGUUGCGAGUAGGUACAGCGCGUUUUUGAACGGUGUAUUGGCGAGGUUCGAGGUGACGCGUGACACGGUGAGUGCGGGUGCAAGCACGCAAGUGGCAAACGAGAGAGCUCAAGCUGUUGGUCAAGUCGGGGGCGGAGAGCAAACAGAUACAGGAGAACAAGCAGCUGCUGUUGGACGCGGAUUUCAGGCCGUCCAAACCGACUUGCCGCGUAGCACUCACGAAAGCGAUGGUGCGUGUGCCGCUUUCUCGUCGACACAAGCGUGCGAUUUCGUACAGCCCAACGCGGCGGAUGUGGACCCGGAUUCGGACCACCACCUGAGGCGCGUUGGCAGUCAUGCUGUGGCACCGACAUCGGCCUGCACACGUUCUCACGCCGGCACGCGCAAGCAGGGGACCAAAGCGUCGCAUGCCUAUUCGUCCAACCUGAUGUUCUCUCCUGAUGCGUCUGAUGCGCAGCCAGCCACGUAUCCUACGAGCAGCACAGCCAUGCCAGCACACAUGCGCACUGCAUCGUGCAGCGCUCCUGCUCCUGCGCCUGCUCCUGCGCGCGCCACACAGAGUUGGACGACCACACGCUGCUCACCACGCUUCGUAAUGCCGGCGCAUCACUCGUUACCAAAGCCCACUCACGAAUGCAUCCCCAUGCAGCCACUUUCUCCCGCAACCUGGUUCAAUCAGUUGCACACCACGAACGCCACGCCUACACAGACAGACCCCGCCGCGCAACGCGUUUCGUCCAUCGACACCGAUCCAUCGUGGGAGUGGAUGAUGGCCGACCUGGACUUGUUCAGCGUAGACGGCGGCGGUGGCGGUGGAGAACCGAUCUUGGACCAGAUGGCCCGACUGUUUGGUUGA